UUCUGGAUCCAAUCCCUCCUCUGUCCAGACACUGAAGGGCAUCUUGUAAAUCAAGACAUUUUUUCCCCCUGAAGAAUAGCUUUUCUAAAAUAUACUAUAUACAGUAUUUCCUUGUUGCAUAAAGGACUAUCUGGAAAAAAGAGGAAGAUGUUUAGGAAAGUUUUCUUGGAGAGAUAAUUUGGGAACAUAUAUCACUAGAACUGAACAGCACAUUGGAACACUUAACUGGAAAAAAACGUCAACAUGGAAUUCUGGCACAUGUGGGUUUUUCUGAUGUCCUUAUCUUUUAGACAGAGCGCAGUCCUAGCAGAAUCUGAAGCCUGCCGCACGGCAGUUACAGCUGACAUCGUUUUUCUGGUGGAUGAAUCAUGGGGUGUUGGACCAGACAAUUUCCAGCUUAUUAAGGAUUUUAUCAGUGGAAUCGUCAAGUCUUUCACUGAUAACAUACUGGGUGAAGAAGGCAUCCGCUUUGGUGUCACAGUCUACAGCGACAUCCCAAGAAUGAGAAUAGCCCUAACUGACUACUCAACUGUCGAAGAAGUGCUGUCUGCGGUGCGUGAUCUUCCAUAUGAAAGUGGGAGCCCCAAAACGGGAGCCGCUCUGGAGUUCCUGGUGGAUUCAGUGUUCAGCUCUGCCAUUAUCAGAGAUGAUGCUCCAAAGAUCGUAAUUUUAAUAAUCAAUGAUAAAUCAACAGAUUUGAUUGAGGAACCAGCAAAGGCAUUGCCAGACAAUGGAAUUACAGUGUUUGCAGUGGGAAUUAAAGAGGCAGACAAGAAAGAGCUGAAGAAAAUAGUCUCUGAACCUUUUGAGGAGCAUCUUCUGUUUGUUGAGGACUUCAAUCGUCUUAGCAGUCUCUUGCCUAAAAUCUCUCGGCGGGUUUGCUUUACAGCCUCAGAACCUCCACGACCUAUCAAGCAGACCAAGCAGGUGGAAGACAAAGUUAUUGGGCCAAAAGACCUGGUUGUCAAUGAGCUGAGUUACAGCUCUCUGAGACUGACGUGGACCCCUGCUACAGGAGACGUCACCGGAUAUCAGCUGACUAUCAGUGCUCUCAGUGCCAGUGGACAGCCACUUUCAGGGCAAGAGGAACAAAUUGAUUUGAAGGGUGAUGUGAGGACUGCACUUGUGACUGAUCUCAAACCCACCACAGAGUACUUAUUCACAGUCCACGCCGUUUAUGCAGGUGGCAGAGGGGAUUCGACAAUUGUCAGAGCAAAUACAACGCCAGUGCCCCAGGUAACUAAUUUCCGAGUGAUAGAAGAAGGGCUCUUUAGCCUGCGGUUGGCAUGGACACCACCAUUAGGAAGAUUAAAUGGCUACAAAAUCUUCAUUCCUCGAGCCAACCGGCCCGGACUGACAUAUGAGCAGGAGCUUAGUGGAGAUGUUUCAUCCCAUGUCAUUGACAGUCUAGAGGAAGACAUGAAAUACACUAUCAGUAUUUAUGCUAUUUACCCUGAGGGCACAAGUGAUCCAGUAUCUGCGACUGGCAGAACAUUGAAGUUAGUUCCUGUGAAGAGCCUAACCCUGCAGAACGCCACCACAGAUACUAUACAGGCCAGAUGGUCACCAGUCAAAGGUGCUUCAGGAUAUCGACUUACCUGGUCCUCCUCAGAGGGAUAUAUAGAGAAUGUUAACCUGGGUGAAACCUACACCUUCUACAUGAUCCAGGGGCUUCAACCAGGGACAGAGUACACUGUCACAAUCAACCCCAUCUUUGUGGACAUUGAAGGACCUGUCACCACAGCAAAAGCUAAAACAUUGGAAAGCAGUGCAGUACAGAAUGUAAAAGCUUCUGCAGUCAGUACAAAUAGUGCCUUGAUAUCCUGGAAUGCUGUACCGGGGGCAACAGGUUACAGACUGGCAUGGGGCCCAACUACAGAGUUCUUAGGCAAAGACAGACCAAGACAGCUGGCGCUGAACAGUUCCACCACAGUGUACCAGCUGAAGAAUCUAGUCCAUGAUACUGAGUAUGUCCUUUCACUCUACGUGCUGUUUGGGUCCAUUGUGGGACCGGGCAUCACAGCCACCGUCAGAACAUCACCUCUGGGCUAUGUCUCCAACUUUAAGGUUAUAUCCUACACAAGCACUUCUAUUACUGUGGAGUGGAGUCCUAUUGUCGGAGCCACAGAAUAUAAAGUAACAUGGACUGCUGGCAAAGACAGCAGCACCACUCAGAGCCAGUACUUGGAGCGCAAUGUCCUGCACUACCGUAUUGAUGGGCUGAUUCCCGAGGCUAUCUAUACUAUCAGUAUCCAUGCUGUGUAUGGCAAUACAGAGGGACCUGAAAUAACUCUUUCACAGCACACAGCCUCUAUGACAGACUCUGAGUUGAUUCAAUCUGUGAAAGAUGUGAAAGUGGUGGAUAUUGGGGUUAAGAGCUUCAAGCUGUCCUGGAAAAGAACUCCUGGAGUGUCUGGCUACAAAAUCUCCUGGGUUCCUUUCAAUGGUGGUCCUGAAAAGAGCAAACUUGUUUCCAUGUCUGCAACAUUUUUUACAAUUGCGGGGCUGCAGGAAAGUUCUGCCUACAAGAUUCAAGUCUCUCCAGUGGUUGGACAGCAGGAAGGAAGCCCUGUUCUCCUCACAGCCAGGACACUGGACUUGCCUAAGGUGAAAAAGUUUAAAGCCCUUGAAACCACAGACAACAGUACUGUGUUGAACUGGACAAGUGUCGCUGGAGUAUCUGGGUAUAUAAUAACUUGGAGGCCUAUUUCAGAUUUGAAAACCACAACUGAAAUCCUGGGACCUGUUUUUACUUCCUUUAAAAUCACAAAUCUGUUGUAUGGCAGGACAUAUAUUUUUACAAUACGACCACUCUAUGGAGAAGUUGAAGGACCUGUGACAUCAAUAAAUGAAAGAAUUCUGGGAAAAGCCAAAACGAGUGCGUCUGCUGUGACUUUGUCAACUACAGAGGCAACUUCCACUCCAGCAUUAAUUCCGACACCUCAACAGGCCAACACCAGGGCUCAGGCUGCAGGAAGGAAUACCCGAACUCCUACUGUGAAGACAACUAAAUCCACAACGACUCUGACAACAUCAGCUACCCCCACCACAACAACCACGAUGACAACUACUGCUGCCCCUGCAACUAUAGAACCUCCAGCCACCACAACCAUCACUACAGCAUCAACUCUGCGCUCUGGGCCAAUCUGUGGAAAAGUUAAGGCUGACAUUGUCUUCCUUAUUGAUGAGUCCUGGAGCAUUGGUGCUAAUAAUUUUGUCAAACUGAAAGAUUUCCUCUUCAGAAUCGCCACCUACUUCCCAAUAAUAGGUCCAAAAGGAACACAGGCAAGUGAAAGUCUAUCAGCUAAUAUUAUGCAACUCAGUUGA